ACACUUACAGGGGUGCUGUGUUUGUCACUGAGAGAGCUCACCUGUUCAACGCACUUAAAGUGCUUUUGGCUUGUGUAACUGGUCGCAUUAAUUCUACAGAUAUUUUAGCCGAAAAGCAGGAUUUUGAGCGCAGCGUGAUGAAGCUUGAGCGGCCGCAGAGGAACAUAACGGUGAUGAGUGUCAUUCAUUGCGCGCUGCUGUUGGGAUUCAUUGAGUCCGGUGCGCUCGCUGUGCGCAGAUUCCGCGGAGGUCGAAACCCGCAGCCGCGACGAGUGCAGCCCUCCGCUCAGUACCGGGACCGAGGCGAAACCACCGAGAGUUUCUCACUGGAUUUCACGGCUGUUGAAGAGAACAUGGACAAUUUCAUGACUCAGGUGAAGAACUUGGCGCAGUCCCUCUACCCGUGCUCGGCCCAAAAGCUCGACUAUGACAUGAAGUUACAUUUCCUGGAGAAUACAUCAGUCACCUGUAACGACGGGACCCCAGCAGGGUACUAUCUAAAGGAGUCCAAAGGAAGCCGAAGGUGGUUGAUAUUUCUGGAGGGUGGCUGGUACUGCUUCAACAAAGAGAACUGUGACAGCAGAUAUGAGACUAUGAGAAGACUCAUGAGCUCCUCCAAGUGGCCACAAACCAAGACAGGCACAGGAAUUCUGUCAUCACUUCCAGAAGAAAACCCACACUGGUGGAAUGCCAACAUGGUGUUCAUCCCAUAUUGCUCGAGUGAUGUAUGGAGUGGAGCCGCACCAAAAACUGAUCAAAAUGACUAUGCGUUCAUGGGCUCACUCAUUAUAAAGGAAGUAGUAAAGGACCUGCUGAGAAAAGGUCUGGACAACGCCAAGAUCCUGCUCUUAGCUGGAAGCAGUGCUGGCGGCACUGGAGUGCUGCUGAAUGUGGACCCAGUGUCAGAGCUCCUGGAGGAGUUGGGUCACCCCAACAUCCAGGUGAGGGGACUGGCUGAUUCUGGCUGGUUCCUGGACAACAAACAGUACCGCUGCACGGAUUGUGUAGAUGCAAUUAACUGUGCGCCCACUGAGGUCAUCAAGAGAGGGGUCAAAUACUGGGGCAGUGUGGUUCCUGAGCGAUGCCGUCAGGCUUAUGAAGGAAAAGAAUGGAAUUGCUUUUUUGGUUAUAAAGUUUAUCCUACCAUUAAACGCCCUGUGUUCAUCGUGCAGUGGCUGUUUGAUGAAGCCCAGCUAACAGUUGACAACAUUCAUCUGACCGGUCAGCCCGUUCAAGAGGGACAGUGGCGGUAUAUUCAGAAUUUGGGUAUUGAGUUGAGGAACACUCUAAAGGACGUCCCUGCCAUGUUUGCUCCAGCUUGCCUUUCACAUGAAUUCAUAACAAGAAAUUAUUGGACUGACGUUCAGGUCAAAGGCACGUCUUUACCCAGAGCGCUCCACUGCUGGGAUCGCAGUCUACACGAAAACAGCAGAAAUAACAAAGCCCUGCCCAAAGGUUGUCCCGUGCACUUGAUUGACAGCUGUCCGUGGCCUCACUGCAAUCCGACAUGCCCAACCAUCCGAGACCAGUCGACAGGGCAGGAAAUGAAUGUCAUUCAGUUCCUCAUGCACAUGGGCUUUGAUGUUCAGAAGAUGGCCCAACAGCAGGGCAUGGACCCUAGUAAGCUGCUGGGCAUGCUCAGCAGUGGAAGCUAAAUGCCAUGGAGGGACUCGCUUCCAACUGGGGCUGUGCUACCUGUCAGUCCGUUUGAUACCUCCAACCCCCUUAACCAACCUCAGCUUUGACCUCAUGCUGAGCUCUGCCCCUUGCCAGGGCUCUGUGCCAACUCUGUGGGCUUCCACCUCCAGUUAUCCUCAGUUAAUAAUUCCCUUGUCGAAAAGACCUUAAAGGAAUGCCAAGAGAAUUCCUCUCAUAAUUUGGAACCAAUCCUAAUGGGAUCAAACAAGAAACAUUUUAGAAUCAAAUAAUCCCCUACUGGAUAAAUUGAAAUGCCCUUUUUAUUUGUAUUAUUAUUAUUAUGCAGAAUUUCAGUGUAUCCACUAGGAUCUCGUUUGAUUCUUUGGCCACUUCCACACUAAAACAUUUCCUUUUUAAAACACAUUGAUUUUGCCACGUUUACGGCUCUCAUCCACAAUAGCGUUUUCCUCCACAGAAAAUUGAGCAUUUCGAAAACGCUCUCCAUUACCUUUGGAAAACGACAUAAGGAAAUAAAAAAACAAAAAUGAUUUUUCAAAUAAAAAUAUAUUGGUUCCACUUUAUGAUAGAAAUUCCAAUGGCAACCCAUAAGAUUUUUUGACAAGGAAAAUUUAAGAGUAGUGAUGGUGUCCAUUUUUCUCCAAUCCAUAUACGCAUUUAAGUCAGUGGUUCUCAACUGAUGGGUCUUGACCCAAAAUUGGGUUGCAGGUCUGUUCUGAUAUGGGCCAUCGACAGCAGGAAAAUAACAGCGCUAAAUGCAAAUAUUAAAAUGCAGUUAAACAUAUAAUAUUGGUUGGGAUAGCAAAUUAAAUGGGCAUAUCAACUUUUAAAAAGGACAAGAAAACACUUCCCAUAUCUUUUGCUAUUGAUGUCAAAGGCUGUGCAUCCAAUCCUUACUCAACACUCUACGGUAUUUGAUCACUUGGUAGUAACUAGCCAAAGUAGGCCGAAAUCAACAUGGCCAGGACAAGACAGGUUGAGUGACAUCCUUAAAAAUCAUAAACAAAACAAUGUGAGGUAAAAGAAAAUAUGAAAAAUUUGUAUUAUCAGCCAAUGUCAUGUCAACAAUUUUGCAUACUGUUAGGCCUAUGCAAUUAACGGUAAUAUUAAAAAAAUACUGAUAAAUGUUUAAUGAUAUUUUUGUGUACUUUUGUACCGUAAACCAGUGGGCUAGUGCCCACGAGGGGCCCAUGAGCUCUUGAAGUCAAAAGGCCGAGUCCCACUGCGUUAAACAAAUUUUUGUACAGUGGUUGGUUGCCACUUAAUGUCCAAUGUACAUUCUGGGCCCUGAUGCAAAACCAGUUGAGAACCACUGAUUUAGAUGGUCAUUACUGAGCAGCUUGGAGAUGAUAGAGCGCCUCAAAUCGAGAAUUGGAAUGGAGCCCUUGUCAGAUCCACCUCAAACCACAACACAAUACUGGUGAAAGUACUGAAGAGACAUGUAACCAGGACAAGGUACACCUGCAUCUUUGCUCUUAAUUUAUCUUUUGGUUAUAAAAGUAUCACGAAUGUAAUCCAGUUUUACGGAUCUUCAGCAUUGUUGUUUGCUUUGUUGUUGUUGUUUUUAUUUUAGUUGAUUUUUUUUAACAAUAUAUUUAGCCACAAGUUAUUAGAGUUUUAUAUGACCAUUCAGAGAAAGAAAAUAGAAAACAAAGAGAGAACGGAGAUUGUAGAGUUUAUAUUCUAUAACACAGAUUAUAGAGUUUAAAACGUACAUACUGUACAUACCGAUAUGGAUCUAGUCUGAUUAUAAAGAAUCUUAUGAACAGAAAUUAGGAACAGGCAGACAAGUGUGGAAAGCACUGGAUAACCUACACUAAACCCAACAACCUUCUUGGCUUAAUAAUUUAAAAUAUAUCACAAUAAUAAUAUUGUUUAAAAGAAAAGUUCCAAAAAUGAAAAAUGUACGUCAUAAAACCCAUAUGAUGUUAUUUUUUCUGACGAACACAAAAUAAGACAUUUUAAAGAAUGUCCGAGCUGCUGGUUUCCAUACAAUUAAAACAUACAGUGGCCAGUGGCAAGAAACUCCCAAAUUAAAAAGCUCAUAUGACUUGUGUGCAUACUUCAAGUGAUCUUAAUAUAAUGCACAAGCAAUAUGGAUUACUUUUAUGAUAAUUAAUAAUACAUUUUUGGUGCUUGGCAGUAAAAGUUACCAUCCACUUUCGUUGAAGCUCAGACAUUCUUUAAAAUACUUUAAAGAAAGAAAAUCAUUCAGGUUUGUAAUGACAUGAAGGUGAGAUUCAUUUUUGGAUGGAGCUUUUCCUUAAGGUACAAAAUCUAUACAUUCCCACAAAUCCUGGAUAAAAAGCUAAUCCCAGCAAACAGAUUUCCACUGUCACAUUCAGGCACACAUUUUUGUGAAUGUGACCCUGCUGCUCAGUUCGGUCUCUGUACAAUUUUGAUGCAUCUUCAUUUAACUCAUUCACAUUGUAUUAAGCUAAACGACAAAAGGGAGAUUACACUCACUGUAACCAUGUUUUCUUCAACUGUGUAUAAACUCUUGGGACAUUUGUUUCUUAUUAUGUAAGUGGUAAAAUAAGCCAAACAAGUGCAAUUUCCAUUCUUCAACAAGUACAUUGUCACAUGUUAUAAACUGCCAUUGCACUGACAUGACUGCAAGCCAAUGGCAACUUAAAGCUUAGUUGAAAGGAUCACAAUUUUAUCAAUGCAACUUUCUCUCACUCCACUGGGAGAGGGUAUUGUAUGCUUUAAGCAUUUAUCUAUGUAUAGGUCUUCAUAAAGCUAGCUCCUUUGAGAGUACUUUUGUCAUAUGAAGACACUCUAGACUUUUAAAAUUUUAAUAGAAAAUCACUUUUUAAUAUAAUGUUAUGUAGUGAUCAAUGAACAGUCUCAUGUAAAAAAAAAAAAAAGAUCCACCAUAAGAAAAGAAAAAUGUUGUGAAGAUGUGAAGGUAUUACUAAUUGCUAUUUUGUUCUAUAACAUAUUUUUUAACAGAAGCUCAAUGUACAAGGCUAAGUUGCAUAUUUAUUUUAUGUAAAUCAUAUUUAUAAUGCUAUUUUCACAGAGAAGUGAUUCUUUGUAAAUUGUAAAUAAUUCUGUUUUUUUUUUUUCUUGUGUUGAAUGCAUGUAUGUGUCCC